AUGCCGAUCGAAACGAUCCCAUCACUUAACACUGUACCAGUUGAAAUUAUCUAUCGUAUUCUUGAUCAAUUGGAUCUCAGAGACAUUAUCUUCUCUAUGCAUGAAGUCUGCACACGUCUUAAUACGAUUAUUUACAGUUAUUACCAAUAUAUAGAAAAUAAAACAUUGAAUCUUUACAGUCAACUUCCCGAUGGCCGAGGAACGAAAUUUCUUUCCAAUCUUCUUCUAAGAAACAACACACUUACGCUGACGACGCUGAAUCUUGAUUACAAUCACAUCGGUGACCGAGGUGCUCAAUAUCUUGCUAGUGCAUUACAACAAAACAACACAUUGACUACACUAUCUAUUCGAUUCAAUGAUAUCUACUCAUCAGGCGCGUCUUAUCUUGCCAAUGCUUUACAGCAAAACAAUACACUCACUUCAUUAUUUCUUCGAGGUAAUUAUGUUGGCUGUCAAGGCCUUGAAUAUUUCGCUCAAGUUCUCGAAAACAAUCAAACACUAACAACUCUCUGUCUUUCACAUAAUCACAUUGGUUCUAGAGCAGUAGCAUGUUUUGCUAAGACUCUACUAACAAAUCAGACACUUGCAUCAUUAAAUCUAUCUCACAAUAAGAUCGACAGUGAAGGAGCAAAGCAUUUUAUCGAGGUUUUGAAACACAACAAAACACUGACUGCGUUGAAUCUUGCCAGCAAUGAAAUUAAUCUUCCAGAAGUCACCGAGCUUGUCUCUGUUGCUAUUGGAAAUGAGAAACUUUCGCUGCUAAACCUUUGGAGAAACGGUUACACAGAAGAACGAGAAAUUGAUCUGCCAUUAAAUGUAAAGCAAAAUCCAGCAAUACUUUUGUAG